UUUUCGUAGGUUUAAAUCUCUAGUUACAGCAAUUGUGAUAACAAAUACUAUAUCCAUUCAUUACUAAAGAUUAAGGUUCAGAUUAAGUUAAGAAGGGAAAUGUUAUCUAGUUAUGAAAUCCUUCUACUAAAUUUAAUAUUUAACGAUGGUAUUACAAAUAAGCUCAUAGGAGUAUGGUAUUCUGAAUAUUAUAAUGAAAUGGUUUUGGUCAGAGUUUACGGACACAAAACAGAGCUACUUAUUAAUCGCAAAGAUGAAACAAGGAAUAUUCGGAUAUUAAAUAAGGCAGGCUUCACACAUUCCAUUUAUGCAACAUUUAAUAAUGGCUUGGCUUAUCAAUUUAUUGAAGGUGUUACACUUACAACAGAAACGGUAAGAAAACCUGAUGUAUAUACUUUAAUUGCUAAAAGAAUGGCACAAAUGCAUAAACUUAAACCUGAUAGUGAUGAAAUAUCCAAAGAAGCAUGUAUAUGGAGUAAGCUAAGAAAAUUUAUGGACAUUAUGCCGAAACGAUUUUCCGAUGAGGCUAAACAAACAAGGUUUGAGGAACUAAUAAAACCAAAUGCUGUAUUAGAAGAAAAUUAUCUGCUAUUAAAGGAGACUCUGACAAGCUUGAAUAGCAAAGUAGUCUUUGCUCAUAAUGAUUUACUUUUAGGAAAUGUGCUUUACAAUCAAAAGGAGAACAUUGUUACCUUUAUUGAUUUUGAAUAUACUGCUUAUAAUUAUCAGCCUUAUGAUAUAGCUAAUCAUUUUGCAGAAUUUGCUGGUAUUGAUAAACCAGAUUAUUCUUUGUAUCCUGAAGACAACUUACAAAAAGCCUGGUUAAAUAUAUAUCUUCAGGAGUACAAUAAU